AUGUCUCGGUGUUGUAUAUCGCAUAUCCUCCUCUAUUGGGUCGUUGUGGUACUCAUCACCUCUGCCGCAGCCCAACAUACCGCGCAUCCGACCUUGGACCACGGUUACCUCCAAGGCCUGAUGCAAAGCAUAACCGGCCGAAACAUGACGACCCAGUCACAGAGGCCCCGGUUCCGCAAGGUCCAGAGUUUCCGCACCGACUAUGCCCCGACCACCAUCACCCAGUAUGAGUCGGAGAGGAGUGGCAUGCAGGUCAUUGUGGCGGACCGCCAGGGACCCAAGGUCAAUGGCUACUUCACCCUGGCUACCGAGAUCUUCGAUGAUUCGGGGGCUCCCCACACACUAGAGCACCUCGUCUUCAUGGGAUCCAAGAGCUACCGGUACAAGGGCUUGCUGGACAAGUUGGCCGGCCGAGCUUACUCGAACACCAACGCCUGGACCGCCGUCGACCACACGGCCUACACGCUCGAGACGGCUGGCUGGGAAGGCUUUGCCCAGAUCCUGCCCGUAUAUCUUGAGCACGUCAUUGUGCCCAACAUCACCGACGAUGCCUGCGUGACCGAAGUCCACCAUAUCGACGGCGAGGGCAACGACGCCGGCGUGGUCUACUCCGAGAUGCAAGCGCUCCAAUACAGCAGCAACGAGCUCAUGGAUCUGCGCGCCCGGCGACUGCUCUACCCAGAGAACAUCGGCUUCCGAUACGAGACCGGGGGCAUGAUGGAAGCGCUCAGAGUCCUGACGCCUCAGCGGAUCCGAGAAUUCCACAAAGCCAUGUAUCAGCCCCAGAACUUGGCCAUCGUGAUCAUUGGCGAGGCCGACCAUGACAACCUCCUGCGAAUCCUGGACGACUUCGAAGAGAGCAUCAAGGAUGACAUUCCACCGCCGAACCCCCAGUUCAAGCGCCCCUUUGUGGACUCGCCUCAGCCACCACCGCUGGAGAAGACGGUUGUGGAGACGGUCGAGUUCCCCGAGGAGGACGAGUCGACUGGUGAGAUCGUGGUUGCUUUCUUUGGCCCAAGCUGCAUCGAUCAGGUCCAGGCUUCGGCCGUGAACAUCCUCCUGACGUACCUGUGUGGCUCUUCGGUGUCGGUUAUCGAAAACACCAUGGUCGAGAAGGAGCACCUGGCGAGCUCCGUGUCGUACUGGUGGGACAGCAGGCCCGACAUGGUCAUCUGGUUCCAGCCAACUGGUGUUGCCGCCGACAAGCUCGCCUUCGUCGAGCAGCGUCUGAUCUCCCUCCUGAAGGAGGUUGCUUCGAAGCCCCUCGACAUGAGCUACAUCAAGGAGUGCAUACAGCGGGAGCAACGGCAGAUCAAACUCCAUGCCGAAAGCUCGGAGCAGUUCUAUGCCACCAACAUUAUCACCGACUACCUCUUUGGAAAGCGUGACGGUACUACGUUGAAAGACCUGGGCUCAUUGAGUGAAUACGACGUUCUCGAGACCUGGAGCGAGGAGCAGUGGAGAGACUUUCUGAAGAAAUGGAUCUCUGAUGCCCACCACAUCUCGAUCCUGGGGAAGCCGUCGAUGGAGCUCGCCAAGACCCUCAAGGAAAACGAAGAAGCACGGUUGGCCAAGAGAAGAGAGGAGCUUGGGAAGGAUGGCCUGGAGCGCCUGAGGGAGCGGCUCGAUACCGCAAAGAAGAACAACGACAAGCCGAUCCCGCCAGAGGUGCUGGAUCAGUGGCCUGUCCCUGGCACCUCUUCCAUCCACUUCAUCGAGUCCGCAACCGCAAGAUCAGGCAAAGCCCGGGCUCUGGGCGUGUUGGACAACGCCGCGCAGAAGGCCAUUGACGCAGCGCCCCAAGGCCUGCCACUAUUUGUGCAGUUCGAAGACGUCCUCACGAACUUUGUGCACCUCACGGUUCAUGUAGGCAUGGCGCAGACACCCAUCAGGUACAAGCCGCUCGUGGGUCUGUUCGCGGACAACUUCUUUAACUCUCCGGUGUUGCGAGAUGGCAAGCGGAUCGAGUUCGAAGAAGUUGUCAAACAGCUCGAGAAGGACACCAUCAGCUACCAGAUCACAUCGGCCGUCCGUCUGGGCGACUACGAAGGCGUGGCCAUCCAGUUCCAGGUGGACCGGGAGAAAUACUCCACCAUCAUCAGCUGGCUGCGGACGCUCAUGUUUGACAUCGUCUUCGAUCCUAUUCGCAUCAAGGCAGCCAUUGUUAAGGCGCUCGCGGACAUCCCCGAGGCGAAGCGAGAUGGACGGGUCAUGGCUCAGGAAGUCGAUAUGGCCAUUCAUUUUAAGCCCGAGUCAUACCUUGCGGCGAAGCGGACGCUGGUCAAGGCCGUGUAUCUGCGCCGCCUCAAGAAACUGAUCGAGGAGGAACCUGAGACGGUAGUGUCAUGGUUCGAGGAGCUUCGCAAGAGCCUGUUCACCUCCGACAACAUCCGCGUCCUCGUUACGGCAGACGUUGCCAAACUCGCCAACCCGGUCGCGGCAUGGGACGAUCUCACCAAAGCCCUCGGUCCAGACCCUGCCAAGGAUAUCCUCCCCAUCACCAAGCUCUCCUCGAUGCUGAACGCCGAGGGCCAAUCGCCCGGUUCCUUCGGUAGCGUCAUCAUCCCCAUGACAACGCUGGACAGCUCCUACAGCGUUAGCACGGCAACGGGCCUGCAAUCGUAUGCCGACCCCCGCCUGCCCGCCUACCUGGUCGCGCUCGGCUACCUCGAGGCGGUGGAGGGCCCGCUCUGGAACGCGGUCCGCGGCAACGGUCUCGCCUACGGCGUCUCCUUCUCGCGCGAGGUCGACGGCGGCUACAUCCAGUUCAAGGUCUACCGCUCGCCGGACGCCAGCAAGGCCAUCGAGGCGAGCCGCGCCACGGUCGCGAGGCUGGCCUCGGGCGAGGUGCUGCUGGACCGGCACCUGGUCGAGGGUGCCGUCAGCGGCGUCGUCUUUGGCGCGGCCGACGAGCAGGAGACCAUGUCGGCUGCCGCGCAGCAGAACUAUGUUGUCAGCGUCGUGCGCGGGCUGGAGCCAGGGUGGAACAAGAAGAUCCUGGCGCGCGUCCGCGAGGUGAAGGAGGACGAGAUCCGUGCCGUCAUGCGCGAGGUCAUCAUGCCCGUGUUUGAGCCUGGUAAGAGCAACGUUGUGGUGACGUGUGCCCCGAUCAUGGAGGAGAACAUGGUCAAGGCGCUUGCUGCGGCCGGCUACAAGACGCAGGUGCAGCCGCUGUCGCAUUUCUAUGACGACUAUGGGCUGAAGGCGGGUGACGAUGACGGUGAGGAAGAGGACGAGGACGAGGACGAGGAUGAGGAAGACGAGAAUGAGGAUAUGGAAGAUGGAUCCUACACGUCAGAGUCCGAUGAGGACAUGGACUGA